CGUUUUUUAUUCUCCGUUGCGAUCAGAGGUAUUCGGGCAUGAAUUGGCUUCUGUUAUUGUUUCUGGCACUUGGACUGUUUUUAGCAGCAGCCGAUUCCAACUAUGACUACUACCGGCUGCCAACAGCUCUUCGACCACAAAAGUAUUAUCUACGCAUCUUGACUCAUCUGGAGAAUCGGAAAGAGUUUCGCUUUAGCGGCACAGUUAAAAUCCUAAUAGAAGCUCUGGAGAAUACCAACAACAUUACGCUUCACUCGAGUACCCUUGCCAUCGACGAGUCACAGACUACUCUUCGCCAAAUUAGCGGAGGAGAAAAAAAGGAUAACUGCGUAGCAUCAACAGAAGUGAAUACCAAUCACGAGUUUUAUAUCUUCAAAACAUGUCAGCAACUCUUGGCUGGCAAUAUUUAUGAGCUGAGUGUAUCGUUUUCAGCCGAGUUACAAGAUCAACUUAAGGGAUACUACCGAAGCUCCUAUGUGGAUCCUGCGCACAAUGAGACGAGAUGGAUCUCCAUUACCCAAUUUGAACCGACUUCGGCUCGACUGGCAUUUCCCUGCUUUGAUGAGCCUGGUUACAAGGCUCCCUUUGUGAUCACACUGGGUCAUCACAGGAAGUUCACGGCUCUCAGCAACAUGCCCGUUGACCGAACUUCCUCACAUGACACCCUUCCCGAUUAUAUCUGGACAGAGUUCCAGGAGUCUUUGCCGAUGUCCACAUACUUAGUGGUGUAUUCGGUAAAUGAUUUCAUCCACAAGCUCUCUUCGUUGAACAAUAAACCCCUUUUCCGGACUUGGGCAAGGCCCAAUGCCAUCGAUCAGUGUGACUUUGCUUCCGAGUUCGGCCCCAAAGUACUAAAGUACUACGAGCAGUUGUUUGGCAUUGGGUUUCCUCUCCCUAAAAUGGAUCAAAUGGCUAUUCCAGAUUUUGAUGCACGUGCCAUGGAGAAUUGGGGCUUGGUGACCUACACGGAGAGCUCACUACUGUACUCCCCUGAAUAUACCACACUGAUGGGCAAAAAAUCGAUUGCAAAUACCAUGGCCCACGAGUUGGCCCACCAGUGGUUCGGCAAUCUGGUCACCAUGAAGUGGUGGAACGAUCUUUGGCUCAACGAAGGGUUCGCUACUUAUGUGUCCAGUUUGUGUAUUGAGAGCAUCCAUCCGGAGUGGCGUUCAGUGGAGCUGGACUCCCAUUCUAAUUUACUUACUUUCUUCAAAAUAGACUCUUUGGAGAGCAGUCAUCCGGUUUCGAGACCCGUUGAAUUGGCUUCGCAGAUUUUUGAAAGCUUCGAUGAGAUCUCUUACGAGAAAGGAUCGUUGGUGCUUCGCAUGAUGCACUUGUUCCUCGGGGAAGAAUCCUUUCGAUCCGGUCUCAAAUCGUAUCUUGAAAAGUACUCUUAUAAGAACGCCGAUCGGGACGAUCUUUGGGAUUCACUCACUCAAGCUGCCCACAAAAAUUUCAUUCUGCCAAAGGAUUAUGAAAUCAAGGCCAUCAUGGACUCUUGGAUACUGCAAACUGGCUAUCCUAUCCUUCAUGUAACUCGUGACUAUUCGGCGAGGACUGCAAGUUUUAGCCAGGAUCGCUACCUCCUUAACACCAAUUUAUCCAAAACCGAUCGCAGUGAAUGUUGGUGGAUCCCACUGAGCUUCACCACCCAGGAGGAAAAGGACUUCAACAACACCGCUCCCAAAGCGUGGAUGGAGUGCAGCAAAACCGCUAAAAGCCUUCCCAAGACUCUUGAGGAUCUCCCAGGACCCGACCAGUGGGUAAUCUUCAACACCCGACUGUCAUCACCUUAUAAAGUAAACUACGAUGCAAGGAACUGGGAACUACUGAUCGCAACUUUGAACAGCGAUGAUUUUGAAAGCAUUCAUGUGGUUAACAGGGCGCAGCUCCUAAGCGAUGUCCUGUAUUUCGCCUGGACAGGAGAGCAGGGCUACGACACCGCGCUUAAGGUGAUAGGUUAUCUGAAGAGAGAGCGGGAACUCCUUCCCUGGAGAUCGGUUCUAGAUCAGUUAAACAUUGUUUCUUCCCUCAUUCAACCAACAUCGAAUUUUGGCACAUUUAAGCGCUUUAUAAGCAAGUUGAUCACCCCGAUCUAUGAGCAUUUGGAUGGCAUCAACUACACAGAUACAACAUCGAUCCGAAACCAGGAUGAGCUCCAUUUAAAGUUGAUAGUGGCGGCCUGGGCAUGCCCAAUCCAGGUAUCCGACUGUGUGGCCCAGUCGUUGCUCUACUUCAGCAACUGGCGAUCGGAGGCUAAUCCCGACGAGAACAACCCAGUGCCUCUGGCUGCUCGUGACACUGUUUACUGCACCGCCAUUCGGCGCGGGAGCGACGAGGACUGGGACUUCCUUUGGACGCGAUACCUGCGGUCGAAUGUGGCGGCCGAAAAGCAGACUAUUUUGAGAUCUUUGAGUUGUACGCAGGAGGUGUGGCUUGUGCAGAGAUAUAUAGAAAGGAUCUUCGAAGGUAAGGGGGACAUUCGCAAGCCGGACUCUGUUUCAACCUUUAAGUCAAUCGCCUCGUCUGAGGUUGGCUUUUUGUUGGCCAAGGAAUAUUUCAUGGAAAACAUAGAACUCAUCUCGAAAUUCUACCAUCCCCAACCCGAAACUAUGUCCGAGAUUUUGCUGACGCUUUCCUCACAGAUUUAUACCCGCAAAGACUACAAUAAGUUCAAAGACUUUGUGGCCAAUUCCAAAGACUACCUCAAGAAUAUGGAUCAGGCAAUCAGUCAAGCAUUAGAGACGAUCCUGACCAACGUGCAAUGGAUGUCGCAAAAACAAAUUCAGUUUACCCGUGCCAUUGAAAAGUUCCUGUAAAAAAUAAAAAUUACAUUCUUUAUCUCCACCCGGGAGCAUAGAGCCUCUACAGUUUUGAAGAGGAUUCAUUUA